UCCACGGCGUCCAUCAUGCACCUGUGUGCCAUCUCUCUGGAUCGGUACAUCGCCAUACGGAACCCGAUCCACCACAGCCGCUUCAACUCCCACAACAAGGCCCGGGUCAAGAUCCUGGCGGUGUGGACGAUCUCAGCCGGGAUCUCGAUGCCGAUUCCCGUGCUGGGACUCAGAGACCACUCAAGGGUGUUCAAAGAUGGCAGCUGCUUUCUGACAGACAACCACUUUGUGCUGGUGGGCUCCUUCGUGGCGUUCUUCGUGCCCCUCACCAUCAUGGUGGUCACGUACUUCCUGACCAUCAACGCCCUGCGGGACGAGGCCACCCUCUGUCUGGACCAGCUGGUGCCGCGGCCCAAAUGGAGCACCACGUUCACUUUGAGCUUUCUACCACAAACCUCCCUGUCUUCUGAACGGCUCUUCAGACGCUCGCUGAGCCGCGAGGCCGGCGGCAGGGGGAGCGGCGGCGGCCUGGGGGGCCAGCGGGUCAGCGUCUCGGGCUCGCUGCUCGGACGCCGCACCAUGCAGUCCAUCAGCAACGAGCAGAAGGCGUCCAAGGUCCUGGGGGUGGUGUUCUUCCUCUUUGUGGUCAUGUGGUGUCCGUUCUUCAUCACCAAUGUGCUGGUGGUGGUGUGCGACCCGGAGGCCUGUGACCCGGGACUCAUGGGAGGUCUGCUGAACGUCUUCGUGUGGGUCGGGUACUUGUCCUCCGCCGUCAACCCGCUGGUCUACACAUUGUUCAACAAGACGUAUCGUGCAGCUUUCCUGCGCUACGUCCGCUGCCAGUACCAGCCGCCAAAGAAGCCUCUGCAGCUGAUGCUGGUGAACACCAUCCCGUCGCUGGCCUUCAGCUCCACCCACCUGCCACUGGGCGACAUCGCAAAGUUACGAAAUGGAGCUGCGCUCUCUAGAGGUGAAGGGAGGGACUUCUCUUUACCCGGGCAGGAGAUAUUGUGUAAGUCGGACAAAAGGCAAAAAGACGGAGACGAAAGCUACGUGUGA